AUGAGCCGAAACGCGCGACCUCGCGCGAUUUACGGGCAGAAGUUUGAAGAGGACGAUGAUGAAAAGGAAUUUGUUUCGAAAAAGCCGACGCCGAUUCAGGAUCAGAUUGCGACCGAUGAGCGUGGAAAGCGAAGGUUUCACGGCGCGUUCACCGGCGGCUUCUCGGCGGGCUAUUGGAAUACGGUCGGCUCGAAGCAAGGCUGGGUACCGCAAGAGUUCUCGUCGUCGCGCGACAAUCGCGGCGAUCGCGUCGAGCAGCGCGCCGAGGAUUUCAUGGACGCCGAGGAUCUCGGCGAGUUCGGCAUCGGCAAUCGCGCCAUCAAAAGGACGGCGGCGUUCGGCGAGACGGCGGCGGCGGCACCGCGACGAAUGGCGUGGGAGCGCGACGCGGCGAGCGCCGACGUUUCGACGAUCGCCGAAAUGCUCGAGGACGUCGUGAGGCCGGUGAGCGAUUCGAUCGGCGUUCGAAUGCUUCGCGCGAUGGGUUGGCGCGAGGGUCGCGGCGUCGGACUCGUCAGCGUCAAGCAGAAGGCGAAACAACGCGGCGGCGAGACGGCGUUCGAUCGCGAGCAACGGCAACGAUUGGCGCCGUCGCACGAGUUCGCCAACGAGGAUGUGCUCGUGAAGCAGUUGACGCCGCUCAACGGCGUCCACGGUCUCGGCUACGCAGGCCUUCGGCACACGUCGGUGCUCGACGAGACGUUCGGGCAGAGCGCGUUGGCGUUGAAGUCGUCGAAGACGGGCAAAGGGAUUCGCGGGCAGGCGUUCGGCGUCGGCGCGUUCGAAGACGAUGACGACAGCGUGUACACGAGCUACGAUUUGAGCCAAUUCGACUUCUCGCUCGACGUGUCGGGACGCGCCGCUUCCGAGCAACAGCAGCAGCAGCGUGUCGUCGACGCGACGUUCGUGCUUCAGCCGAACAAAUUGAACGCGCGCAAAUUCUACGCGCCGCCUCGAUUGCCGUCGAACUUUCGCGGCGACCACAAGCCGAUACCGAUGGACACACGACGAUUGCCGACGAUGAUGUUGGACGAUGUGCGGCAAAUGAGCGCGUUGCAGCGCGCGAAAUUCCUCGGCGAGAAUCGCGCGUCGGUGAUGGAGUUGGUGUCGUCGAAAGAUCGAAAGCGUCUCGAGCGGAGGAGUCGAUGGGACAUUCGAGCCGAUGAGGCCGAUGCCAGCGAGAGUCGGCAUCAAGGCGGCGAGAUCGACGAGGAACGCGAUCGACGCGAGCGAAAUCGCGUCGAGUAUCCCGACGAGCCGCUGAAACAGGCGCGCUUCAAACAGUUCGUGUUGUACACGCGACGCGGACUCGCCUACCCGCAGCCGACGGACGUCUCGAUAUGGGAAUGGGAGUCGGAGAAGAAGGAGUUCGAGACGCGUCUGACGGCCGAAGAGCGCGCCAUGUUGCCGGAGGUGCGUUCGCGCGCGAAGCCGCUCGCGAAGACGUCGAUCGCGGCGCCGAUUCACGAGAUACUCGCCAGCAAAUUUGUGAAGGAAGCGAGCGGCGAGUUGAGCGUCGGACGCAAAGACGAGGACAAAUUGGCGGCCGUCAAAAUGGGGAUGUUCGGCGACCGGACGCGACAAUCGUUUCAAUGGUAUCCUGAUCCGCUGCUGGUGAAACGAUUCAAUGUUCCGAACCCGUAUCCGGGCGCCGAAAUGGUCGGUGUGCCGCAUUUGCAGAAGACGACGAUUCGCAAAGAGAUGACGGCCGCCGAUCUUGGAUUGCCGAGCGUCGGAUUGCCGAACACGGCGAAUGAGCUUCAAAUGAGAGAAAAAGCCCGUCAGGAGAAGCUGAGCGAGCAGCAGCAACGAGCGAAGGAGGACGAGAAUUUGAUCAAGAAUGAGGUUGAGGUUGAGGAUGAUGAUGAUCAGCGGAAAAUCGAUGAAAAUGAGACGGACGACGAGUCGGACGAGGAGAAGCUGAAAGAAGAAGCCGAGAAGGCGCCGAAAUCGUUUUUCGAUUAUGUGUUUGGCGGUGGCGGCGCGUCGUCGUCGUCGUCGUCGGAUUCGGAUGAGACCGACAGCGAGGAUGAGCGUCGACGAAACGAGCGCAAAGCGAAUGAGCUGCACAAGCGAAAAAUGGAGAUUGAGAAGAAGAUCGAGAUGGAGAAGUCAUCAUCGGCGACGACGACACGAAUGGCCGACGUCGUCGAGAUUGCCGAUGAGCCCGACGUUGAGAUAAUUGAGCAUCGUCAGACGAAUAGCGAUGAUUUGAAUCGGACCUAUGGACCAGAAGUGCCCAAAGAAUUGUCGGCGAGUCAAGGAUUGACGGCAUUCUCGGUGUUGAAGUAUUUGCAAGACGAUUUGAAGAAGCGACGAGAGCACAAAAAGAAGAAGAAGAAGAAUAAGAAGAAGGAGGAGAAAAGGAAGAAGGAGGAGAAAAAACACAAAAAAAAGUCGAAAAAGAGCAAAAAGGAGAAGAAGGCGAAGAAGCGACACUCGUCGAGCUCGAGCUCCGACUCGUCGGAUUGGGAGGAGGCGUCGAGGAAAUGA